AACUUAACUCUCCAGACUGAUCCACUGGUUCUCCACUAGGAAGACUUAGGUGUCUUCCCAGACUGAAGUGCCUGCAGGGACGGGUGGGCUAUGGUCCAUGCUCUGCAUCUGUUUCCCUGCAGGGGAACCUGCAGAGAUCUAUGAGAAAACCACCCAGGCAUGCUGGCUUUAUUAUAAGCAACUGAUGGACUCUAUUGCAAUAAAAGACUGGUGUGACUGGGCAGUGAUUAGCAGGCCUUACAGCGACCUGAGAGACUGCUUGGAGAUAAAUGCAGAAAACUUUGACCUGAGUUUCCCCAAUCCUUCCGCUGAACGGAUCAUCUUGGCAGCUCAUCAGAUCCACUUUGCCAAUUGCUCUCUGGUGCAGCCCACCUUCUCAGACCCUCCUGAGGACGUUCUCCUGGCGAUGAUCAUUGCCCCCAUCUGCCUUAUCCCCUUCCUUGUCACCCUUGUGGUGUGGAGGAGUAAAGACAGUGAGGCUCAGUCCUAGGUGGUGGGUUCUCAGCAGCCACCUUCCAGCUCCCUCUGCUCCCCUCCCCAUCUUCCUUGUACUCCCCAAUGAUCAAUGGACACAGAGCCAGGAAGGCUCAGUGUAUGCAUUUUGUAAUCUCCAAAAUAAACACUUUUGUACUCAGUCCCCCUCCCCA